AUGGCUCAUGGUCAUUUCCGUCACUCGCGCAUCGGCAAUUUAAUUAGUGCCAGGCGCCGCCGGGAAGCUGAGCUUGAUGACCAGGAUGCGGGCUCUGAUUUGCUUGAGGAUACAUUUCAAAACCCCAUCCUCCCUGCUACUGAUAUACUUCCGGAGGAAAAUUGCGACUCGUUGAAAAGCUCUAUGCGCCUUGAGCAUGUCAUGAGCGAAUCUGAUUCAAUGCUUGAAAAGCGGGACGAGACGACCCCCACCGACCCUACUAGUAUCGAAACUGUAUUGCAGAUAGUCGAUGCUAGCUCACAGACCCCGUUUCAGUCGCUCGCUACUGACUUUCCGAUGACGACGUCGGAUUCUCCGUACGCCACCGACACUCUACCGAGCUCGGACAGUUUGCCUGCUACUGCAACUGCGACUGCAACUGCGAGUGCCUCUAUAGAUUUAGGGCUAUUGACCUCGCCGACGGCGUCGCCACUAUCCGAGACGUCACCCUCAAGAAUCUCCACGAACUCCGCAAGUCAACUUCCAUCAGCAUUAAGAUCUCCCUCAGCCGCAGUCGUCAGUUCGCCUGCAUGGAGUUCCACUCGCCUCGUCACUUCUUCUAUCUCUACGCCCUCUGCUACGGCAACAUCAUCCCAAGCGCACAUUUCCUCGUCAUACUCUGGUACCAGCUCCGGCUCCAGUUCCAGUUCCACCUCGACAAGCUCGACUUCCAGCGCGAGCUAUACAACCUCUCAGUCAAAUGUAUAUGGAGGCUCUGAGUCAGCAAGCUCGGUGACUGGUACCGUAACUGCGCCAACUACAACUGAAACACAGGCCUCGGGGCAUGGUUCGACAAGCAAUCCCGACACACCUAAAAUCGUGGGCGGUGUAGUAGGAUCAGUUGCCGGCGUCGCUCUCAUUCUUCUUCUUCUAUUUUAUUACCUCCGCCGCCGAGGAUUCUUGAUGGGGAAAAUGGGACGUCCCACUAUGUUAGGUGACGCAGCAGCUGGGGCUGGAGCAGGGGCUGGGUCUAGAGAAGUUGUCGAGCGGCGCGAAAGCAACGACCCCCUUUUCACAGCCUCAUACCUCGCCCCCGCAUUCAUGAAGCGCUGGCGCCAGUCGACGGCAACAACGCGCUCUGGAAGCACCAUCGACUCCGCCCCCAGCGAACGCGGGUUCCAAAAGAUUUCCGGCAGAAAGCUUCCUCCCGUCUUCACCCACGGUGGUGAUGGAUACGGCGGCGGACUAGACGGCGAUUCUCCCACCGUACCAGGCUUCCCUGCCACCUCACCAGCAACCGGGCCAAUUGGAUCACCAUCCUUCUAUGCUCCGCCCCCAACCUCGCCAUAUGGCAUGCCCCUGGACUCAAACUAUACCCGUGAGGUCGAGGAGCACACCCCACCAGCACAGCCCAAUCCAGUGCAUCUUCCUAUUUCCAGUGCAGUUAACGUUGCCACUCCCAUCACUGUUACACCAGCCGAACCGAUUGCACAACCCCAGAGUGCAGUGCCCUUCGCGCCGCCGCGGCCGGAUGGGCUCGGCCGUAGUUUGCACAGUUUCGACGGGAGUCGAAGCAGCCGUUUCACCGAGGUUAUCGAUCAGUAA